AUGAGCACGAACGCGUUUUUUAAUUGUCUCUAUCGAUUUGUUUCUUGUCGAGGAAAAUGUAAAAUUAUCCAUUCGGACAAUGGAACUAAUUUUGUGGGGGCUCGAAAUGAAUUGAAAGAAUUAGGAGAACUUUUGCGAAAUUGCGAAUUUCAGGAGUCUGUCACAGAUUUUUUAGCGAAUGUACAAAUUACUUGGCACAUGAUACCUCCCCAUGCCCCAAAUUUUGGUGGUCUUUGGGAAAGCGCCGUUAAGUCUGCGAAAAAACACUUAAAAAUUGUAAUAGGGGAAACGCGACUAAAAUUCGAAGAAUUGUAUACUUUAUUGACACAGGCCGAGGCAUGUUUGAAUUCUCGUCCCUUAUCACCAAUUUCCAAUGAACCUAAUGAUAUAAUCCCAUUAACUCCUGGUCAUUUCCUUAUGGGAGACUCAUUAGCAGCAAUCCCACAGCACGAUUUGCGAGAAAUUUGUCAAACCCGACUUGAUCGCUACCAGCACAUUCAGUUUAUGUUACAGCACUUUUGGCAGCGAUGGCAAAAGGAAUACCUGAGUUAA